CAUCCAGCAGUAGCAGCAGCGGGCUUAGCAUCGGCCCGCUGGGUCUUUCCGCCAGAAAAAAACUCGUACUACGAGCAAAGGCGAGAUACGAAAGCAAGAUAUAUCACGGCAUGGCACGGGCGGCUUGCGCGUUCACGCUAUGCCCUGUGAUCCAAGAACAGAAGCUGGCGCUGCGCGCUGUACCGCGAGCCGGUUCGCGAGGCACGUAGUUUACCGAGCUAUAGCGAGUUGUGUAUGUGGCGAGGGAGAAGAGAGUGAUAGCUCGUCGGUUUUGCGUAAACGCACGCUGGUCAGCCCCGAAUGUAAAUUUGUUUCGGUUUUAGAACAAUGUAUUCACGGGAAACGGCUCGAAAGGUUGCGCUUCUAUAGAUCUAUGUCGACUUUCUCGACAAACGACCCGGGACGAACAAGGUCCGAUGCGUACUGUUCUUUUUUACACGCGCCGGGAGAACGACUUGAGAAUUAUAAGCGGCCAGGUUGAGUGCGUUAUAAAAAUAAAAGUUGCGCGUGUUUACGCUGUUGACAAAUUGACAUUACUGCUUUAAUAUAUAUAGCUUGCCGAGCGCAUGGUCUCGCAUUAAUCAAGUCGAACAGUUUGUGCGAUUUUUCGUUUCAUGAUUGUAAACACUUUGACUCCGUACGCGUGUGAGGACGUGCACGUCAGCUAAUGUCAAUUGGAACCAUGGUGGUUAAUUGGAACUUAUUUAACGCCAUGCGAUGGUGACAUACGCGUAGUUUGGCAAAUGGUUUCGCUUCCUUCUCCGCAUGUCGCCAGUUUAAGUGAAUUAAUUACGAUCAGGCGUCGCCAUUCACGCACUAUACCUCAAGUAAGUUGACCUUUCUUUUCUCUCCUUCUUUAUCUUUUUUCGCAUAGCAUUCGGGGAUUAUUAUUUAUCGCGGGUACGAAAGGUCCUUCCAAGUCGCCCACGUGUUUUCAUUUUGGUCUGGAGCUGCCCACGUUUUUGCUUCUUUCUCUUUUUUUUCUUUUUUUUUUGCGAUUGGGAUCGCAGCCUUCGAUUCGGCUAUAGCCUUUUAUAGCGGCUUAAGUUUGGCUACUUGAGGCAAGGAGCGUUGACUUGAGGAGCUAGAAGACGAAGAUGUGAGAUCUCGGGACCGCUGGUUAGCGAGGCCUCUCUAGGUCGCUUCAUUUUACGGUGGAGGCGUGAGCACAGCGGCGUCAGGUUGGACCCAUGACCGACGAACGGGGCGAAUUCGUCGAGUGGCGUUUCUGGCGCUUCCCUCCGCCCAACGCCAACCAUCAGCGUUUCGGCGACGAGAUCGAGAGGUUCGCCGCAGCGGCCGCGACGGCUACUCGUGCUGGAGCCGUCGGGAGAGUAGCCACCGUCGCUUGCGAGCAGCGAGGCCGUCCGGCGGCGAGGCCGCCGCGGUGCUCGGUAUUCCUCGAGAAGCGACCGGCCGCCGUCGCCGUUCAAGAUGAAAGCAGCAACCAGCGGGCCGAACCGGCCGGGAUUUCGCCAUCGGAGCCCAUCUCUGCGGCCCGCGGAGCAGACGACGCCGCUGAAGCAGACGACGACUCCGCCGGCGUCACGGAUUCGUUCCAGCCGAAGCGCAGCCACGGCGCGAGCCAACGGGACGGCGUCGUUGCGGUCUCGGUGGCCAGCGAUUGGCGGAGGAUCGCUAGGCCUAACCGCGUAGGUCGUCUGCUGCGCGACGCCUCGGCAGGUGAUGCGGCGGCCGCCGAAGGCGGCGGCGAUGACGACGACGCGGGUGUUAGCUUCGCACCGGCGGCGAGCCCCUUCAGAGCAGCAGCUGCCGCACCCGUAGAAGACACUAUGGGCAACAAGGGCAGCAGCAGCAGCGGUCACCAGGCCGAAAAGAGAGCCAAGGGCUCCACCGACUGCUUGUCGGAGACGCCCAAAGGUAGCCCCGGGCUCUUUCGGUUGGGCCGCGACGUCGUCAGGGGGAAAGUACGGAAAACUCCGCAGACUGCGCGAAAGGCGGCGGCGGCCGCCGCCGCCGCUGCGCAAGACGACGUCGGCGUCGUUCCGGGAAAAUGCCAAGUCGGUGGCGCGGCCCCCGAGUCGCACGUGGGGAGUGCGAAUGGCACCCCGAAGAAGAGGAGAAGCGAGUCAAGUCCGGAGAGCUCGGUUUCGGGUUCGGUCUACGUCGACACGGUCUCGCACCUGGCAGAUUCCGAAGACGGCGUCGUCGCGGACGCGUCGUCGUCCUCGAGGACUGCGGCCGAAAGCGAAGCAGGGACGACGCCACCGCAGCGGUCUCCGAGCAACGCUAGCGAUACGACCGUGUUCGGCGACGACGUCUCCGACUUCGUGUUUCCGCAACCGCAGCAGCAUCACCAGACCCCGCCCUCCUCGGCGCCUGUCACCGCGAAUGGCACGGGAACGACGACGGUUACCGGCGGGCUACCCGCGUACCGCAGUGCUGCCGCGUCCGGAGUACUGCGCGUGCGGUCUCACAGUGAAGCCGACUCGACGUCGGUGUACUCCGUCGCCCGCGCGACCCCCUCGUGCACGAGUCUGGGUCGCGGCGAUUCCAACAAGGCGACCAGCGAGGGAGCGGCGACGGCAGCGGGCUAUGCCGCGCCCACUUUCACGUUGACGCAGCACCGCAAAGUGGUUCUCCCCAAAUUCUCGGCGCCUUCGACCGCACUGCCUUCGGCUGCAGCAGCCAGUGCUGCUGCCAACGAGGAAAGCGGCGAUGCCAAACCCAGCGCACCUGCGAGUACCAGUGCCGCGAGUGGCGGUGGACGCCGGCAUUCGGCGUACGACGACGCGCCGCCUCUGGCCGGCAAUGUGCUCCGCAAAGUUGCCUCCCUGACCCUGGAGCGUGCGGCAAUCGAGGCAAAAGUGAACCGGCCAAAAGUGGUUCCCGAGAAGCUCGACUUCAGCAUUUACGAAAAAUUUGAAGGUCAGAUGUUGCUCAACUGGUUCUGCACGACCUUCCCGGAGGACCACUACCUGCGGUUUCUGUUGACCAAGCAGGACCUGAAGCUGCUGGCAGCUCAGUUCUGCACCCACCUGCUGGCCGCAGGGGUGCUGCGCCAGAUAGAGGACGAGAACGCCCCGCUCGAAUCUCUUUUUCGGCCUGACCUGAUGUACUACUGGACACACUCUGAAGUGCCAGCAGGCCCAGCAAGCAACGUUGUGCCUGGUAAACUGACCACGGACUAUUGGCCGCCACCAGACUCUGAAGGUGAUGCCAGGCCUGGACUUCGAUACACAGAAGCAGAGGCGCAGCAGAUGGUCAUGGGACUGAAAAAGGCCCACCGAAAUGAGCUGGAGAGGCUGCAGAAAGCACAUGAGUUGGCCCUCUUCUCUCUGCGUGGAGAGCAGGCUGCCAGGCUGACGGACUACGAGGGCCAAGUUGUUCGCCUGGAGCAAGAGAUUGACAAGUACCAAACCCUGGCCGGCAUUGAAGAACUGACCAGGAAGGCGCGAGACAUAGAUGCACCCCAGGCGACGACUCCAGCGUCCACCGCUCGCCCUGCGGUGCAGGUGUCGCAACGGUCGUGCGAAGUCCAGACCCCCUCCGCUGUGCUGCGGUCUUGCGAAGUGCAGACCGCCGCAUCGGCUACCUGUGAUAAGUGGGUCCAGGCGCAAUGGCGAUUUGCAGUGGGCAUGGUUCAGACGGACGAGGCAGAAUACUCAACCCAGGAAGCUCAGACCCACGUCGACGCGUGUCACCGGGAAUGCCAGACGGACGAGCAGCCUGUGCUGCCCACCGUGGUAGUGACGAGCGCUGGCAGCCCGCCCGCAGCAACCACUCUCUCCCAGGCGGCGCCACCGCCUCCGCCUCCCCCACCUCCCCCACCCCCGCCAUUUCCUUGCACACCGCCGCCGCCUCCUCCGCCUCCCCCGCCCCCAUUUAUGGGCAUGGCCACGCCUCCUCCUCCACCGCCACCCCCUCCCUUUCCUGGCAUGGCCACGCCUCCGCCCCCUCCCCCUCUGCCGGGAAUGGCCAUGACUCCUCCGCCGCCUCCCCUACCCCCAUUUGUGGCGCCGGUCCAUGGCUCCCCAGCACCUCCGCCUCCCCCCCCACCGGGUAUGGGACCAUUGCCGAUGCCAGCGCCACCUGUGGGCGGCUGGCACAACGCCUAUGCUGCAGCCCGCAAGCAACCUGUGAAUCCUAAGGCGGCGAUGAAGCCCCUCUACUGGACGAGGAUCCAAGUGCCCUCAGCGCAGCAGCCACAGGCUGCUUUGCCAGAGAGCGCAGAAAAGGCAGCAGAGCAGAAGACACUGUGGGAGAGCCUGGAGGAGACUCCCCCUACUGACUGGGACGAGUUUGAAAACUUGUUCUCGAGGCAGGUGCAGGAGAAAAAGCCCACGGCCAAAACGAAAAGUGCCAAGCAAAAGACUAAGCAGGUGGCGAAGCUUCUUGAUCAGAAACGGUCACAAAACGUUGGCAUACUGAUAUCAAGCCUUCGCCUCGAAAUAUGCGAUGUGGAGAAUGCCAUCUACAACUUCGACACAUCAGUCGUGAGCUUGGACACCCUUCAAGCACUUUAUGAAAUUCGUCCGACAAGUGAGGAGCUGAAGCUGAUCCAGGACCACCUAGCUGUGAAGCCCGACGUUCCGUUAGACAAGCCAGAGCGCUUCUUGCUUGAUCUGUCUCGCAUUCCGGAGUACGCCGACCGUGUCGGAUGCAUCAUGUUCCAGUCGACCUACACUGAGGCCAUCAGCACCGUGGAGAACAAGCUGAACAACCUCAAGAUGACAUGCCAGGCAUUAUUACACAGCAAGGAGGUGCGCACUAUCCUGGGGCUUAUAUUGGCUCUAGGCAACUACAUGAACGGAGGGAAUAGGAGUCGUGGACAAGCUGAUGGCUUUGGCCUCGAGAUAUUGGCCAAGUUGAAGGAUGUCAAGAGCAAGGACAACUCUUUGACUCUUCUUCACUACAUUGUCAGAGUCUAUAUAAGCAAGUUCCAAGAGGACGUUUCCCAGGAGAAGGCAAAAUUUCCGCUACCUGAGCCGACCGACAUGGAGCGAGCUGGACUCGUCAAUUUCGAUGACAUCAGGGCGGAUCUCAAGAAGCUUGACGCUCAGAUCAAGAGUUGCGAGUCCAAGGUGCAGAAGGUGCUGGCAAACUCGGACGGCGAGCACCAGGAGCCCUUUCGGGAGCAGAUGACCAAGUUUUUGCAGAAGGCAAGCCAGGAACAGAAGGAGCAGGAGGAGAACCUUGAGGAGUGCAGGCUUAAAUUCCUAGAGACCAAGGACUACUUCAGCUUGCAGCCCAAGUCCAAGAAUGAGUCUGAGUGGCCGAAGGAGUUCUUCACUCCGUGGGUGCCUUUCUGCAAUGACUUCAAGAACAUUUGGAAGAAGGAGGUCCAGCGCAAGAUCAAGCUCGACUUUGAGGCAGCUAGGAAGAAGGUGAAGGACCUGCAGGAAGCCAAGAAAUCCAGCGUGAUGUCCGAGGUGGUGAAAGUCAGAAAUAACAAGCCGUCUGGCCUGAAAGCGAAAAUGACGAAAAGGAUGCAGCAGCUUGGACAGAGCUUUCCUGCGUCUGGAGCACCUUAAGAAAAAAAUCUUUGCGAGAAUAGAUCUGACUUUUGCAGCCUGCGGUGCGCAAAAGCAAACAUACAAGUAUACAUAUAUAUAUACAUAUAUAUAAAUAGUGUGACAUAAUAUUUUUAACGAGAUAUUAAUGAUGUUAAGCGCGCACAGUUGUUGUUGUUGCAUGUAAGAGGUACAUCAGGUAACUUUCAUGGUGGAUCUGUCUGUCGGUCAACUGUUGCAAAGCUGCGUUAAAUUGUGAAUCUCAAGUUGUCGAACGCGUUUGCUAUCUGCGACAGUGCCAGGGCACUUGUUUUUUUCUUUUUAUUUAUUUUUUUGCAUACGUGAUGAGCACUUACUUGUGCAAUAAACGAGGGCUGGAUUGUGCAAGGAUCUAUUUCCUUCGAUUCUAUUAAUUCAUCACUGGUCACAGCAAGUGGCCAGUAAUGGCAAUAUCGAACACUUGGUUUCACCAGCCAGUGACAAAGGACAAAAAAAAAAAAAAGGAAAGUGAAAAGAAUCCUUGCAUAAUACAGUCCGUCAUUAGGAUAUGGCACGGUCUCGACGAUGCAGGACUGCAGGUGUCUUGGAGGUAUAAAGCUGACAAAGCAGGUGCAAGAAACGAAAAAAAUAUUUUGCAAUUUUUUUGAGUUCUCGACAAGUGGCAUUCGGAUGGCUGGCCACAGCUGGUUGUGAGUAGUGAUUUUUAUCGUAAACUUAUAGAUCGAUUAAAAAAAAUGAAACUGCCACUUUACAGAGCAUUUUAGUGCUGUUACCAACUCGAUACAGAUCAUUUUAGUGAUGCUAUCAACUUACAAGUCUCCCACAACAAUGUUACCAAAGUAAUAUGAAAUCGGUAUACACUGUGCCUAUACAGUGAAAUCUCGUUACUACGAAUUUCAUAUUAACAAUCUUUUCAUUGCGAAAAUUUGAAAAGUACUUAGCCAUAAGCCUAUUGUUUUACGUAAAUAUAUUUCACUACAACGAAAUGAAAAACCGAAUAUUUCGAAAUAACGAGGGACAAUUCAUGCUUUGUCUGUAUUAGUAGCACCUCAAAUAACGAAUUCAUCACCCGAAAUAUUAUGCAUAAUUGAAACUUAUGAAGCCGUGAAAAACCUGCCACAGUGGCUUAGCGGCUAUGGUGUUGCGCUGCUAAGCAGUGAGGUCGUGGGAUCAAAUCUCGGCCAUGGCGGCUGCGUUUUGAUGGAGGCGAAAUGCAGAAACGCCCAUGUCCCGUGCAUUGGGGCCAUGGUAAAGAUCCCCUGGUGGUCAAAAUUAAUUCGGAAUCCUCCGCUACGGCGUGCCUCAUAAUCAAAUGGUGGUUUUGGCAUGAAAACCCCAGAAUUCAAUUCGAUUCAAGCCCUGAAAAAUUUAAGUGGGCCAUCAUCAUAAACAGACGGUGGCUGGGAUUAUAAGUCCGCGCCAUCCCUAUCGCCAUUGCUCGCAGUAAUGGUGGCCCACUGAAAUAGAAACUACUCAAAUUGGCACCAUCAGCACUGCAAUGAUUGCAUAUUUGCACCCAGUAGAUCGUUCACAAUCCAAGCAGCCACCAGUGUAAGACUGGUUUGCCUUAAAGUACGAGAUCGCGGAAUCAAAUCCCGUCCUCGAUGGCCAGCAUUGCGAUGGGGGCGAAAUGCAAGAGCGCCCGUGCGCGCCGAGGCAUGUUACAAAACCUCAAGCAGGUCAAAAUUAAUCCACAGAUCCUCACUAUGGCUUAGUUCAUAAUCGGAUCCUGAUUUUGGGACGUACCACAUUACACAAUCGAAUUUUUAAAGUCUGGUUUGCCUGAAGCACCACCUAAACCCAAGAAUGAUCAGCAAAUCGGCGUAGGACACAAUGAAAGCGAUAAAAUUUGUGGAUGUUUUAGGGCUUCAGUAACACUUGGCAAUGCUCUGCCAGUGGCGCACCAUGUACAAAUCUCAAAUAUGCAAAUGAUGUAAGGGCCCACUGUGUUACUUUAGAAACUGUUCUAACCUAUAUAAGUAGAUUCUAUCCUCGCAGGGUUUGGGUACGGGCUAGUUGGUAUUCCAUUUGCAAACUUGACUUUGCAAAGUGCACCAUUGCAGAGUAUUUCCACACUUGCCAGUAGCCACGUGGUUCGCAUGUGCGAGAACCUGUGCUCUUACGGCAUAAGAGAGCUUACAUGCUAAGCGAUUGCACAACGGCUCCAGGCGCAUUAUUUUGUUGAUCUGAGGAAUACAUUGCUGCAUGUUGAAGAAUCGCUGUGCUGGGAAUGCUGUUGCCCUGGAGCAUCGCGCUUAAUCUUGCAGAAUGCAGCAUUGUGGAACAUGCUGAGAACUGUGAUAUGUAUUCUCAAUGUUGGCAGCUAUCGGUACGAUGCGCAAACUUAUGGCCGGGUACACGCUCGCAUACUGUUAACAGAUCUGAGGUCUUUACCAACGUUGCAUGCACCAGGUGACCUCUUCACAUAAGCGCGCAUUCUCAUGCCUGUCACUGGCGUAAAUGUACUAUUUGUGGAUGUAAAGCUUCGGCAGAUAUAUGCGAUUCCUCCUGUUGAAAUUCAUUUUUAAUGCCAGUUACAUGUUUUCGAUACGAUAUUUCAAAAUAAGAAUGAAUUUCAGUAAUCCUGUGAUAUUCGUUAUGUCGAGAUUUCACUGUAUAAAUUCCUUUAAAACAUACUAUGGAGAAUGUAUGAAACGAUUGCACUGCAUGUGGAAACGUAUCAGUUUGAAAUGCAAAUUUACUUUGGGAUUGCAUUUGUGCACUGCGGAGAGUGUGAUAUGCUGCGGCGAGAAUUUGUUGUGGCCAAAUGUUUAACAGCACCACAGAACUGUACAUUUCCUAAAAUACAUCCUGGGACGCUAGCUGGGUAACUUGCGUUAGUGAUUGUUUUGCAGGAAUAACUACAGCUUGCUUUUACAAAAGCAUUUAGAUGGGUAUAUUAACCUGUUUUUACGGUUUCAUUCAAUGGAGCGCCCAGUGUAGCUAGUACAUAAGGUGGCAGAACCAUUUGUUCAUUGAUACUGGUAAGAACUGUACACCCUAGCUUUAGGGCAUAAUUUUGUCCCGCAACAGUAAUCGUCAACGAUAUUGUAUGCAUUUCCUAUCUUGAACACUGCACAAUAAGUACAUUUUUUGCUGAAACACAAAAUCUUUGCCAAACUAUACAUGUUGUAAACUGCCUAUUCUACCGAGAUCCAAGAAAAAAAGGAUUAGCUAUGAAAUUGCUGUAUUUAGUCGAUUAUAAGUUGGAUUUUUCACAGAAUCCUUAGCCUCUAAGUCGCCCUACCUGCCUUAUGCACGAGGCUGAUAGAUUCAGUUACUGUCUUGAUAUGGCAGCAGCAGUGACACGUUUACGGUGAUCCAGAUAUUAGACGGCAGCGCUAAUUGUAGCAAUUAAUAAACCUUGGCAAGGGAUGCAGUACUGUAUUUUAAUGCGUAUAACCUGCAGUGAGAAUUUCAAAAAUUUAUAUUAAAGGCAGGGUAGGGUGUAGGCUGUGUAUAAAUUUUGCAUUGAGGUGCGACUUCACGGCAGCACAAAUUUUGCCUUGAGGUGGCUUCACGGUAGCGCAGUGCGCACUGCGGUAAAGCCACACCAUAAGGCGAAAUUCAUGCUGCCGUAAUGUCGUACCUCAUGGUUAAAUUCGCAUAUAACCCGUACCGAUUAUUUGGAGGCUUCCAAUUAUUCGUUAUUCGUUAUUUCGGGCCAAAUGUGGACAAUCCGACGGCUACUCUAUAUUGCGUUAUAUUAGUGUGCAUACAUAAAAUUAAUUUUUCUCAGGUUCCCCCAACUGGCAUCAGUCGUCUUAUAAUUGUGACCACCUUAUAACAGAAUAAAUACGGCACUUUGAUAGUCAGUUUCGAUCGCUAAAUGGUCUCUCUCGAGCCUGAAGAAUCCACCGUUUGGUGAAAUAGCGUGGGCAUAUAUGCACAGACGGCUGAAUCUCACAUGCACAAAGUGACUGUCUGUCAUGCUUGUUCAGACUAAUGCUUUAAAAGUAACAAAAUCUCUGCUGUGUUCUUUAGCCUUCAGGACAAUGUCGUGUCAUAUUAGAAAUGUAUUUGACAGGUGUUUUUUGUUGUCGGUGAUGAUCUGUUAUUCUCAAACAUACAGUAAGCCCUUGUUAUAAGGAAAUCGCUUUAUUCAAAAUAGUGCUCUAUUCAAAGUUUUUAGUGUUCUUGCAUUAGUAUGACUUCCCUUUAGAGAAAUAGUGCUUAUAAUGAAAUCAAUUGUCUUGGUGGCUUCGUUACAAGGUUUUACUGUAGUAGUAGUAGUACCCGUGUCUACCUUGGUGGCAACAAGAUAAGUCAUUGAUACUCUAUGGUGCCACAUGCAUCUGGCUUCAAGUUGUAGCCAAAGUUUUUGCCAUUUGAAUACUUCGUCUCAGGGUGAUGAAUAUAAGUAUUUAUUUUGACAAAGGCUCCCAGGAAGACAAGGACAGCAGAAAGUUUUGUAUUCUAGCAUGCUCGGACACUUUGCCUUUCAGUAACGUGAAUCCCUACUAACUUGCUCAACUUGCAGUCUCUUAGACUUUGCUUUUAGCUCUUCACACAUGAUUGCAAAAAGUUGGUUAGGCUGUUUUUUAAUUUUUUCUGCAAGAUGGCAUUGGGCUUGCCCAGAUUUGGCAGGCGUAUCAGCUGUUUGCCAUGCAUGACUCUGAGCACUACGACUUGCACCGAUUAGGUCGUCGUUUUUUUCAGGAACAAUGUGCUAGAAUGUGCAGCUCUUACCUAAACUUUGUCAUCGCUAUCAUAUUUAUUUAGAAGGGAGUAGCAGUGUGCCUGGAUCUGCAGUUCUAACCAAACUUCGUCUUCACUAUCAUAUCUAUCCAGAGGCAAAUAGCAUAGGUGAGUGCAGUUAACGACGUGCAUUUUUUUUUUAACAACUGUGUUGGUCGGUGAGCAUAUGUGAUGUUUUCAGUGCUUUGUACUGAUCAAAUUGCCUGCUAGAUCGGGUGUACGGCAAGCUCGCAGGUUUACAUGGGCAUGAAAUGCUUUUAACCAUUGCUGCUAGCUUUUGUCUUAGAUAGGCACGCUGGCGGAUGAUUACGCUUUGCGGCACAGUGUAUACAAUUAUGCUAACUUCAUGCCAAGGUAGCACCUGAUAAUUGGAACUAGCAAAACCAGCAACUAGUAAAAAGAGUGCUUCUUUUUUUUUUUGGCUACAUCUUAGACCACUGCUUACUAGACUUGUUCAACAUUGGUUAUCAUGGGUCGUUUGUUAGACGAAAGAAAAAAUGCUGAAAUAAGAUGUGGUUUCUGACAGCGCCAUUAUGUCACCAUGAAAGGUUGUUAUUUUCUUUUUCUUUUUUUUUCUGCUCGAUAAUGAAAUACAUCAGAUAAACCUCUGAACUGGCUGGGUGUCUCCAACUGCAUGUUAAAAAGUUUAUCCUUGCUUCUGUAGCUGAAGUAGUGUUUUGAGUUCAUGCGUGGAGUUGCAUAUUUGUGGAUAUUUUUUUUUCUUUUCACUGCUUUGAUUUUUGCUUGUUUUAACAGCGCUAACGUACCCAAAAACAUCUCAUAGAACAAAAUUUUCAGCGCACACAAACAAUUUGUAGGUCUGAAGGGGUUAAAUCGAUUGGGCCAUGUUGGUAGUUUUUGUUUCCUGAGAACCUUUCCAGGUGUGUGCGAAAUACAUCUAGCUGGAAGAGCUUCUGUUGUAUGUUUCAGGUUGUCAUUCUAAAAGAGAUCAAAUGGAACCCACAAAUGAAAAAGCGUCACUUUAACAUUAUUUAUAUAUAUAGACAACAGACUGAUUCUACUGUGGCUUUAUGUACUUUGGCUUGGUUUAUUUCUAUGUGACUUCGUCGCUUGCGCAGCUUUGUUUCAAAAGCACCUUUAGCACACCUGCAAGAAUACUCGCAUUGCUAUGACUGCAAGAGAGGUGUUACUAACGGCGAUCAAGGUUAUACUUUGUAUAAAUUAUUUUUGUCUAUAAUUUGUAUGUGCACCCUUACACUGUGAUCCAUUUAUGUAAUUCACAUUUGUCCUUUAAUGUUGCUGUGAGGAGUGGCAGAUUAUUGCCCACUUGUCGAAACGUAUGACACAUAUCAUUCGUGAGACAUCUGUGAAUUACACCUGCGAAUUUUCUUUGUUUUGUACUAAAAACUUCCAUUUGUUGAUAUUUUGGCUUUGAAUUUGUGUACGUGGGGUCCUUCAUUUUGGGGUGAAACCCAUUUUCUGACAAUAUUUCGCACACACACUCAACAGGUUUUGGUGAGGGUUGGGGAGUCUGUUUGGACAUUUGCAGUCGUUUCACAGCAAUACAAUGAAACCACUCUUUUGUUUAUAAACAGGUGUCCCCUCUGGAAAUGGGCUUUCAACCACCCUUAAUACACACUUAAUGGUGAUCAAGUAUGUUAUACCUGACAAAGCAAGAGUGCUGAUUGUGAUUUUCUUUUGCGAGAUGUUCUCCCAUCUACCCCUCACCAAAAAAAACAAAAAAAACUUUGCUAAGUUUGCAGGAGAAUAACUCCAAUUUUAACCCUGAUUGCAAACUACUGUAAAUAAAGAAAAAAAUGGCACCCAAUUUUCUUACGUCCACGAUGUAAAAAGAAAUAUGAAAAAUCUAAAAUGAAGGACCCUUAAUCUAGUGCACUCGAUAUACGAAUAACUUGUGCUGUUACGAGUGGUAUGCUAUUGUCGAGUGAAUCUAUUGCUUGUAUGUAAAAGUUGUCUUGCAGCAGCUGUUAAUACACUUGUAGAUGUUGCGGUUGUAUGGUACGGCUGCCUAAUUCAGCAGAUCGACGUGGUGUGGACUCUGCCAAAGAUGGUCUACUCUGGACCUUUUUUAUUUGUAAGUCUGUUCAUUUUGGCUGGGGAAUGUAGUGCACACUAGCAGCUUCUUUUUGUACAAGCUCCCUGGGUGAUGAACACUUGUUUUUUUAGAGGCAGCACUUAUUGACUUUGACAAGACGCACAUUCCACUGUUUCCCCCCUUUUCUUUUAUGCAGAUAGUCCAUUCCUUCGAGAUGUAUUUAUUUUAUUUAUAUUUAUUUAUAUUUUAGAGACAAAUAAAGCUCUUUACACGCUU